UUUUCAGCUGGUCCAGGUGAUGAGUAUACGGACUAUGUAGCCACCCGGUGGUAUCGUGCUCCAGAACUCCUGGUCGGUGACACGCAAUAUGGCCCGCCGGUUGAUGUGUGGGCUGUCGGCUGUGUAGUUGCCGAAAUGCUCACAGGCACACCGUUAUGGCCCGGCCGAUCCGAUUUAGAUCAACUACAUCUGAUCACAAGGACAUUAGGCGACCUAGUUCCAAGGCAUCGUGAAAUUUUUGAGAAGAAUCUGUUUUUCAAGGGUUAUAAACUGCAAGUGACAGAGAACAAGAACAAUCUUGAGGAUAAAUUCAAAUCUCUGCAUCCUCCACUAACCGGAAAGGAGCUGAGUUUCUUACAGGGAUGUCUGGAGAUGGAUCCUACCCAGCGACUUAACACUGACGCACUGCUAAAACAUCCCUACAUGGAUUUGCAUGGGAAAUAUGUCCAGUACAUGGGUGCCGAACUUCGGCCAGUCCCUGGAGCUGGUGGAGAUGGUCACUGGAUCACGGGAGGCACAACCACGACGAGAAGAAAAGAACGCGGACCAAGCUUUGCCAUAAAUAGUAAACCAUUGGGCGCCAUGGGACAGAGUUUUGGGGGUGUACGACGAAAGCCAGGACUCGCCACAAAUACGACAACCACGAUGAAUACCAGCACCAUUCCUUUGACGACCACCAGUAGCACAACAAACGCAACCAUGGUUGCAGUUCCAUCGCAAUCACAUCCUCCGGGCCAAAUGGACACGCCAGUUAGAGUAACCGGAUCCAAUACUCCACAGAAUGACAUCGGUCCAACGGGUUCGCCCCAGAAUGCUCAUACUCCAGUCCCUAUGGGAUUCGCAAACAACAUGAGUCGCAAUAAUUGGUUUGGAUCAGGCAUUGUAGGCCAGGGGUUUCACCACAGUGGGCUGCCUGCGCUGACCACAAUGCCGUUGUCCCAAACGGGCUAUAACGCAUCCGGGUCGAUGCCUGUGCCGUCUCCUGCCGGCACACCGUCCAUACAGCCGUCAGCGCAAUCUCCAGUAAACAAUUCGAAAGCAGGCGUAUGGAAACAUCAGAAAUUGUGUCAGGGUACCACAUUGACCGGUACCACGCUCACGCUGAAUCCACCUACCACAGUGAAUGCAGGUGGAGAAGGUCCAAGUCCGAGUCAGCAAAACAACGAUCAGCGUUCUACGACGAAUGGCAAUCAGCUGUUCACACUGCUCAACUACGAGUGUUCAUCCACUGGGCGUAAGGAUGUCUUUCGCCGCAUUCAGCGGGAUGGUCCAUGUUUUGCCCACGCUCAUAUUUGCGUCACGAGCCAGAAAGGAAUCUACAGUCGAACAAUCAAAGCUUUUGUCUAUCCGUUGUUAGAUGCACCAGAGACGGAGCACUAUCCACCGACCGAACCCUUAAGUUGA